AUCACGUGUGGUUGAGGGCAUGGGCGGGGCCAGUGGGUGAACGGUCAGUCCUCCCGCACGCGAGCCGCCAUGUUCAGGAUGGAGGCGCUCGGCCCCAAGAUGGACCCGGAGGAGCUGCGCAAGAAGAUGAGGGCGGACGUCCUCCGCUCGGUCCGCAACUUCCUCAUCUACGUGGCCAUCCUGCGAGCGACUCCAUUUAUCCUAAGUAAACUGGAUAGUAUAUGAAAUUCACUGCUGGCAUCAAAGACAUGCUAUCUGCAAAAUGGUCAUCAAGUGAAACUUGAUGCUCGUUGGUACAAAAUGAUAAAUUGAAUGGACAAUUGGGAAUCUCACUAAGAAGUGGAUCUUUUAAACUACAGAGCAAACUGUCAACCCUCAACAUAUCGAAAACCUCUGAGUGCUACUGGAUUAAUUGUUGGUUAUGCUUCUCUUACAUUGAGCAAUUUGCCAUUUAAUUUUGCACAAAGCCUUUUGUAAUUGUUUUAUAUAACAGAUGCCCUCCUAUAUCAGUAUGCAAAAAAAAAACUGUUUGUAAUACAUGGUAUCUGACUAGAGUAUGAAUCUGAUCCAAAGUGCAGCUAGAUAAAAGUCACCUCAGUUUUCCCAACAUUGGAGAAAAAUUUAGUUUGCUUAGAGUGAUUCUGAGACUUGACCAAUUUUAUGAACCUGUAAGGAGUAUGGAAUUGCAAAAAAUCUUGGAAAUAUUUGUUGAAAUUUGCCAGGCCUGGCAGCAGCUUUGGAGAAAGUUCUGAGCUUUUUGGUUUUUUUUUCUCUUUUCUUCUCUUUCCUCCCCCUUCCCCUUUUUUUCCCCCCCCCCCAAGCAUUUUGUUUCAAAUUUCCAGCAUCUGCAGAGUUUCAAUCAUUGGUAAUGCUUGUCAUUCCUCUGAUCUUGGGUGCACUGUAAGAAAUGACAUGGAGCAUUGAUACUUCCCCAGCUACAAGUUGAGUUGUUUUCUGCUGGAUUUACUUUAAAUGGUUUUGUAUGAAAAUUGAUGCAUUUUAUUAUCAAUUAAAUAAUUGGUAAUUAUCAGUCUGGUCUGAUUAUAAAGAUUGAAAUCACA